GCAGCCGUAGCCACCUCAUCGCCAUUGCCGGGACACAGGCUAGGACAGUGCCUAGUUUCCGGGGUCCCAGCAUCCCACAAAAUGCGCUGCGAGCUGCUGCUGCUUCUCGCGGCGGGGGCUUUCUUUCUAGCCCCGGUUGUUUCCAGUUUGCACAAUGUUACUGCAGAAGAGAAGUUUCAAUUUCAUUCAUGGACGAAAAAGUUCAACAAGACAUAUAAUUUGAAGGAAUAUCAUCGAAGGCUACACAAUUUUCUCAAUAAUAAGAGGCGAAUUGAUGAACACAAUGCUGGGAAACACUCAUACACAUUGGGACUGAACCAGUUUUCUGAUAUGUCAUUUGAUGAAUUCAAAAAGCGGUAUCUUAUGAGUGAACCUCAAAAUUGCUCAGCUACUAAAGGCAGCCAUGUUCGACGUGUUGGGCCAUACCCAGACUUUAUGGAUUGGAGAAAGAAAGGAAAUUAUGUCUCACCAGUGAAAAACCAGGGUGGAUGUGGUAGUUGCUGGACUUUUUCUACUACUGGGGGACUGGAGUCUGCCGUUGCCAUAGCAACUGGAAAACUACUCUCUCUGUGGCCGCCGAAUUGCUUCCGUUUCGGAUGGGGCGUUACCACGUCUAGAGAGCAAUGCUAUUGGUCCGCUCCCACGAGAGUAAGCCAAUUGGCGAACGACUUCCCGACGCGCGAAGCUGUUCGGGUUUUGUUCUGGGGAUCCUAUGUGGGAUUUUUUCCGCCUUUAACGACAGUGGCUGCCAGACCUCCACGAGAUUUAUUUAUACCGAUGAGCAGUAUUUUAUUAAGCUAUGAGCUAAGCGAUGCUACUGACAAAGCUGAAGAACAGGCACGAGAAAAAUGA